AUGCCGCUUUCCAUUCGCCCUGCCACCGAGGCAGAUGUGCCCCGCAUCGCCGAGAUUUCCAUGGCGGCCUUUGACCCGGCCACCGACGCCGUCUCGCGGAACCUCUUGCCGGCCGCUAGGCGCGAGGACGGCAGCCUGGGCGAUGACUUUCGCAACUGGAGCGUCAUGCGCAAGUCGGCGCGGCUCAAGGCCGCCCGGAGCGUCAUGCUGGUUGCCGUAGAAGAUGCCGCCGCGGAGAGGUCGGAGCAGCGAGAGGGUCAGGAGGUUGUCGGAUAUGCGCUCUGGUUUCGGCCGCUGGAGGAGGGCGAGGAGGAGGACGGCCAAGGGCCGACGAAGAAUAAGGCGCCGGUGGCCGGGCUGGAUCCGGACGCUGUGGCGGCUCUGCGCGAGGUCAUGAUGAAGGAGGAGCGGGCGUCCUUUGGCGACAAGGGAGCGAGGGAUGUAUGGUCGUUGGACUCGCUUGGUGUUGAUCCGAAACAACAGAGGAGGGGUAUUGGAAGGAUGCUCGUCAACUGGGGCAUACAAAAGGCCGAGCAGCAGCAGAGGGAUUGUUAUCUGGUUUCUACGCCGUCCGGGCUGCCGUUGUAUGAGUCGGUUGGGUUUGAGACGCAAAGAGAGGUAUUGAUGUUUGGCGUGCCGCACAUGUCCAUGAUGAAGUGGCACACAAAAUAG